AUGGACGAAACUCAGCUUCGCGACGAAGCCGUGCGCGAUCGCAUAAGGCUCGCCGAAGAGUUUCUGGAUCCCAAUGAUCCGCGUGCCCGCAGCUACCGUGCCGAUAUCGUGCUCAUGCUGAAUCGGAAUACCAGGAGACUCAUUGUUAGCUUGGAUGAGAUUCGCACGCAUAACAGGGAGAUAUCAGAUGGGCUUCUCAAUAGCCCAUUCGAUUGGUCGCAAGCAUUCGACCAGGCACUCAAGAACGUAGUUGCGACAAUUCGGACGGAUAUCGACACUGAGAUGAUGUUCUACUGCGCAUAUAUUGGCAGCUUCGGGGAGUUCUCGUGCAACCCACGGACACUCAGCUCGAAUCACCUCAACCACAUGGUAUCACUAGAGGGUAUCGUCACAAAGUGCUCCCUCGUCCGACCGAAGGUUGUCAAGAGUGUGCACUGGAACGAGGCGAAAGGCACCUUCCAUCAAAGGGAAUAUCGAGAUCAGACUAUGACGGCAGGUGGAGUCACGAGUACGAGUGUGUACCCAACAGAAGACGACGAGGGCAAUGCACUCAUCACUGAAUACGGCUACUGCACAUACAGAGACCACCAAACAAUAUCGAUCCAAGAAAUGCCUGAGCGUGCGCCAGCUGGUCAAUUGCCUCGUGGCGUUGAUGUCAUUAUGGACGAUGACCUGGUAGACAAGGUGAAGCCAGGAGACAGAAUCCAGCUUGUUGGUAUCUUCAGGUCUCUGGGUAAUAGAAAUGCCGGUGCAGGCAGCUCAACCUUUCGCACAAUAAUCAUGGCCAAUAACGUUAUCCUGCUCUCGUCGAAAUCAGGCGGAGGGAUUGCGCAAGCUACUAUUACUGACACCGACAUUCGCAAUAUCAACAAGAUCUCAAAACAGAAGAGGGUGUUUGAUCUACUUUCGCAAUCGCUAGCACCAAGUAUAUUUGGGCAUGAUUACAUCAAAAAGGCAAUCCUGCUGAUGUUGCUGGGUGGUAUGGAGAAGAAUUUGGAGAACGGUACACAUUUGAGGGGUGACAUCAACAUCCUUAUGGUCGGUGAUCCGUCUACUGCCAAAUCUCAGCUUCUUCGGUUCGUGCUUAAUACAGCUCCUCUCGCUAUUGCAACUACUGGACGCGGUUCCUCAGGUGUUGGUCUUACGGCAGCCGUUACUUCUGACAAGGAAACCGGAGAGCGCAGACUAGAAGCUGGUGCUAUGGUUCUAGCAGAUCGUGGUGUCGUCUGUAUCGACGAAUUCGACAAGAUGAGCGACGUCGAUCGUGUUGCCAUCCACGAAGUCAUGGAACAACAAACAGUCACAAUCGCUAAAGCCGGUAUCCACACCAGUCUCAACGCACGAUGCAGUGUCAUCGCAGCAGCCAACCCCAUCUACGGUCAAUACGACACUCACAAGGACCCCCACCGCAACAUUGCCCUCCCCGACUCCCUUCUCUCCCGUUUCGAUCUCCUCUUCGUUGUCACCGACGAUAUUGAAGAUCGCCGUGACCGUAUGAUUUCCGAGCACGUUCUGCACAUGCACCAGUACCGACAACCUGGUACAGAAGAGGGCGCCCCGGUCCGCGAGGAUGGCGCGCAGAUGCUCGGUGUCGGCCUUCAGGAAGAGGCAGACCCGAACAAACCGACUGAAGUCUACGAAAGAUUCAACCCUGUCCUACACUCUGGUGUCACCGUGCGCGUCGGUCGUGGUGCUGCCAAGAAGACUGAGGUCCUCAGCAUCCCCUUUAUAAAGAAAUACAUCCAAUAUGCAAAGAACCGCAUAAAGCCCAUCUUGACAAAGGGCGCGGCGGACCAUAUCGUCACAACGUACUCUGCGCUCCGGAACGAUGAGCUGGAGGGCAACCAGCGCCGCACAAGUCCCAUGACGGCGCGUACGCUCGAAACCCUCAUCCGUCUCGCCACCGCACACGCCAAAUCGCGCCUGUCCAACCGCGUCGACGAAAAAGACGCCAAAGUCGCAGAAGGCAUCCUACGCUUCGCCCUCUUCAAAGAAGUCGUCGAAGACGAGCGCCGCAAGCGCAGGAAGAUCUCCCGCAUGGACGACGCCAUGUCAACCGAUUCCGACGACUCGGAUGACGACGACGCAGACGACACGCAGAACACCCGUCCGACAUCCACCCCACGCCGAACCGCAGGCCCACGCACACGACGCGGCGGCCCCAGUACCUCAGCACCAAACGACGCUGCCGCCACCGAGGACGACGACGACGACGACGACGACGAACUAUACCGCACAACACCCAAAACACAACGCACGCGCACAGGCCGCAGCACCGCCGCCGCAUCCUCGUCGCAGCUCUCGCCCGCAUCCAGCAUGCCCGCAUCACAACUCCUGCCCUCCCAAUCAGAAGACAGCCAAGCCGCAUCACAGUCCAUCGCUCCGGCGCGACUGACUUUGUUCCAGUCGACGCUAGGCUCGCUGAUUGACGGCGCGCUGUUCGCAGACGACGCGGCGGAUCGCGCGGCUGUGCUGGCGGCGGUUAAUGGGCGUGUGGGCAGGGCGAGGGCGUUUGGGGCGGAUGAGGUCGAGGCUGCGUUGUGUGAGUUGAGUGCGCGGAAUAAGAUUAUGUAUUCGGAUGGUGUGGUUUAUAAGAUUUAG